UCUUCAGUACGGCUAUGAACAUUGGGAGUACUCCAAAUGCAGCAAUUUCUGGGCAGUCUUUUCACUCAUCUGCAACAGUUGGUAUUUCUUCUCGUCCGCCUAGUAUCUUGUCAUCCACCUUAGCUACUGUCCAGACUCCAUCUCUUAUUGCAACAUCUACCCCUUUAAUGCCUAUUCUUGACACACCCGAACCCAGCAAUAUAUCUAAGCAUUCAACUGAUCUGGUAAAGCCCUCGUCAUUUUUUGGUCCACCUCCCUCUGCACCACUGAUUAUCCCUUCCGUCUCUUCCUCUGUACCAAUUACACCCCCACUUAAUCCUCCAGGAAGUCUUCAGCGACCUUAUGGUGCUCCUCUACUCCAGCCAUUUCCACCACCAACUCCCCCACCAUCGCUCACUCCAACUUCUUCUGUUCCUACACCAAAUUAUGGAACUGUUAUAAGCAGAGAAAAAGUUCGUGAGGCACUUCAGAUGCUCAUUCAGGAUGAUCGAUUUAUCGACAUGGUUCAUCGAGCAAUGCUGAAUGCACAUCAUUCAUGAUUCAGAAGAGAUGACGUAUGGAGAGAAUCUGACACACCUGUCCAGUAUGUAGUAGUAGAAGGCUUCUCUUCGACAAAUUAUAAAUAUGUAAAGACCAUUUUGUGUAGAGUUUUCUUGUGGGUGCUGGCACUAACUAAAUAUAUAGUCUUGUGUUUAUUGAGCGUUGAAAGGAGUCAAAAGUUGAAAUUCUUAAUAAUCCAUAAUUGAAAAGUACUUGAUGUGUUUGAUUAUGCAAAA